UCUCAGCUGUCAUGGCUGAAAAGAGGACUGUUUUGGGACUGCCGCUGCUGCUUCUGUUCAUUUCUGUGGCUCUCCUGCAUUUGUUCCUGUGUCCGUUUACGAAAGUUGAGGAAAGUUUUAAUUUACAAGCAGCACAUGACAUUCUGUAUCACAGACUGGACUUUGACAAGUACGACCAUCAUGAAUUCCCUGGAGUGGUGCCGCGUACUUUCCUCGGCCCUCUGUUCAUCUCCACGCUCUGCUCGCCUUUUGUUUUCCUGUCCUCUCUUCUUGAUGCACCAAAAUUUUACACUCAACUUAUAGUCAGAGCUACUUUGGGAUCAUGUGUAAUCGCUGCUCUGUGGCACAUGCAGAGAGAGGUGAGGCGGCAGUUUGGCUCCACGGUUGCGAGCCUCUUCUGUCUCACCUGUGCUUCCCAGUUUCACCUCAUGUUCUACAGCACAAGGACGCUCCCCAAUGUGUUUGCACUGCCAGUAGUUCUCACAGCAUUCACAUCCUGGAUGGCUCAGCAACACGGCCGGUUCAUCGCUCUCUCUGCUCUGGCCAUCAUCGUGUUCCGGUCAGAGCUUUGCAUCUUCAUGGGCCUCAUGUUGCUGAUGUCCCUGCUGAGCAGGCGGCUGGGGCUGCUGCAGCUGCUCCGCUACGCCGCUCCUGCAGGGAUCCUGUCCCUGGCUCUGACAGUAGCGGUCGACUCGUUCUUCUGGAGGAAGAUCCUCUGGCCUGAGGGCCAGGUGUUGUGGUACAACACUGUUCUUAAUAAAAGCUCCGACUGGGGAACCUCUCCGUUUCUAUGGUACUUCUACUCUGCAGUGCCCCGUGCGCUGGGCGGCACGCUGCUCUUUGUGCCUUUUGGCCUCCUUGACAGGCGGAUGAGGCUGCUGCUGCUUCCUGCCGUCGGCUUCAUUUUCAUCUAUUCCCUGCUGCCCCACAAGGAGCUGCGCUUCAUCAUAUACACCUUCCCUGUGCUGAGUUUGGUGGCUGCGCGCGGCUGCUCGUUCAUUUUGUGCAGCUAUCAGAAAUCCUGGAUGUACAAACUGGGCUCUGCAGUUGUUGUCGGCCAGCUGUUGAUCAACACAACCUACUCUGGUAUUUGUCUCUACGUUUCCCACCACAACUACCCCGGAGGCAGAGGGAUGCAGGAACUACACAGGCUGUUGCCAGCCACGGCAGAUGUUUUUGUCCAUAUUGACACCUACACCGCUGAAACAGGAGUGUCACGCUUCUUAGAGCAAAACAAAAACUGGAGAUAUGACAAACGAGAGGACCUGAGUCCAACAAGUCCAGAUAUCAAACUGUACUCGCACCUGCUGAUGGAGGCCAACGCCACCAAGAUCCAGCUGCUGCGCGACACUCACCAGCCUUUGGCCUUCAUCGAAGGUUACAGCAACAUCGGCCUCGACCCGGCCCACUUCCCCCCCGUCAGCGUGCGCUUGGAGAGGAAAACUGUCCUGAUGAGGAGGAAAGACUAACCUCCAGGGAUAAAACUCAAGAGGAAUGGGGAUGAAAGAGCUUGCAGUUGACCAAAAAUAUAAAUAAAAGGACCAAAGGGGGACACUGCUGUUUACAAAGUGGUAUCUGCAAGUUUAACUGAAGUAUCUCUUAAAAGUCAGCCGGGAUUGCGAUCCUCCAGCGGAUGCACUUGUUGUAUAAGUAGCAGAAUUAAAAAGUAAAGUUGAGUUGGAGUUUGUUUUGUACUUAAAGAAAAAACUUUUUUUGUAUAAGGGAAACCUUUAUUUACAAAUGACCACAAAAUUUGCAUUUUUCCAGUCUCAAUGCUAAAACAUUUAUCAAAUUAGGUUCAGAAGUAAUUUAAUAUAAAAAUGUACAGUACAUCAUUUUUAAUUGAUAAUAAACCCAUUAAUUUAACCCCCUGGACAUAAACUAAAAUUGUGCUUAAGAGAAAAAUUGUAGAAUC